CCUGCCGAUAAUUACUCACCAGGCACGAGAACUCGAGAUUGGCGAAUUUACUGGCUUUGAGGUGUUACUCUCUGGACAGACCCCAGCAACAACGGCUUUGACCUAGACCUUGGCCCCCCCCCCCCCCCCUCCCUGGUUCCUUGGUCUCCUCCCGAGCAUAGACACCCCCCCCCCACCACCACCACCAUCUCGACGCAGGUACCUCGACUCGAGCAUAAGAUACAAAUGGCAUCUCUACCCCCCAACACCCAGGAAGACCUCAUGAGAGCAUCAACCGUCAACAUGGCCGUCGCACAACCUACCAAGUCGAAGGCUGCUUCGAAGCAAGCUAACAACAAUGCGAACACGAAAGCAAAGACACAGAUGCACCGCCGUUCAAGAACAGGUUGCUACACCUGCAGAUUGCGACGGAAGAAGUGCGAUGAGGGCACUCCCAUGUGCACGGCAUGCAAGCACCUCGGUCUGGUUUGCGAAUACAAGCGGCCAAUGUGGUGGAGCAACAACGACGCGAGACGACAACACAAGGACGACAUCAAGAUGAUCAUUAAGCGCAAGAAGCUCUCGGAGAAGGCGUCGCACUCGAUCCAGACCUCGGUCAGCUCGCCUCCCAGCCUCUCGCACUCUCUACCUACCUCGGCAACCUUCACGGAUCCCCUCGACCGCACCAGGUCGGCGUCCAUCGACUCGCACUUCAACUUCAACAGCCCGCCCCACGUUUCCGAGUAUGGAGCUUACAACCCGCACAUCCUGCCGUCUCACGCCGAUUUCAUGUUCAACAUGUCUCCCUACGAGAUCGACGUCAAGACUGAGCGCCAGAUGUUUGUCAAUGACGUCCCGACUCUGCGGGAAUCGACUGUUUCCACCUUUAGCACGUACCAUACGCCGCCUCCACCCGGGUCCGUUCUGUCGUCCUAUCCUAUGGACGGCGGCGAGUGGCCUGAGGAGUUGUGCCACGCAUCGCUGACCGAGGAGGCGCUCAACUACCGUUUCUUCGACUUCUCUAACGGCCUCGCUACCAACACCAGCCAAGUGGACAUCGAGCUGGAGGAGAGCGAUCAGCGACUGCUGGACCACUUCAUCCGAUUCGUGCUGCCCACCAUCUUCCCGAUCCUGGAAACCAACCAGCACGGAUCCGUUGGCUCGGACCUGAUCCUGCCGGCUCUGCAGAACAACAAGGGCUACCUCCACUGCUGCCUCAUGAUCGCCGCGCAACAUUUGAAGGCGGCGACGAACAGCCAGGGCGAGGAAAUCGACAACGACAUCAUGCGAAACCGGCAUGCCACCAUCCUGGCCCUCUGCGAGGCGCUGAACGAAGACGAAAAUCACCACCAGAUCCUCGAGGCGACCCUAGGCCUCAUCUUCUUCCAGAGCUGCGUCGGCCGCUACGACGAUUCGCUCCCCGACAUUCCGUGGCACCAGCAUUUCCAGGCGGUGCAGUCCCUGGUCGAAAAACUGGAUCUGCCCCGACUCGUCUCCGACGAAGCCGAGCCGCUCCCGCAGACGCCCUUCAACAUGACGCUGACCGCGUGGAUCGACAUCCUUGGCGCCACCAUGCAGGGCCGUGCGCCGAGCUUUGCGCACGCGUACCGCGAGAAGCACCUGUCGACCACGAAUCCGUCCCUGGGGCUCCGGGAGCUGAUGGGCUGCGACGACCACGUCAUGUACCUCAUUUCCGAAAUCGCCUGCCUCGAGGCGCUUAAGAAGGAAGGAAUGGAUGACAUCACCCUGUGCCAGCAUGUGCAUUCGCUUGGCGGCCAGAUUGGGCUGACAGAGACACACGACUGCGGGCCCAAGAUGCCAUUCAACGCCAACGGAUCUCUGAGCCCGAAGCAGCUCAGCAAGAACAUCACGAGCGCCUUCCGAUUGGCCGCCCGCAUCUACCUCUGCAGCUUGGUGCCUGGUUUCUCCCCCAGCCAGGACAGCUGCGUUGGCCUGGUGGAGAAGCUCACCACGGUGCUGCACUUCAUCCCCUCCGGCCCUGGCGGCUUCGACCGAAGUCUCGCCUGGGUCUACCUGAUUGGCGGGUCCGUCAGCGGCAUGAACUCGAGCUUCAGGCAAUUCUUCCACGAGCGCAUCGCCCAGCUUGGCGACGCCGCGAGCUACGGCAGCUUCGGCGGGGUCGUCACCCUCCUGCACGAAGUCUGGCAGCAGGCCGACAACAGCCAGCCGAGCCCCAGUGCAAACGGGUCUACGGAGGCCCCCUACGUCUCCUGGAGAGAUGUCAUGCAGAUGAGGGGAUGGGACUACCUACUGAUCUAGGAUCUCCCUCACAAGCUGGUCUCGAGGGGGCGGUCUAGUCUCCUCAUCUGCGGGUGGGCCUCCGGUAGUGAUGCCGGAAAUCAUCAUCCCGUUUGCACGACGGUUACGAUUCGAUUCUUUUUAUUUUAUUUUCUAUUACGAUACCACUUCACGUGAAAAUUUACCAUAAUA